ACUGUUUAUUUGCAUGAGCUACUGUUUGUGUCGCUCAAACAUGCUAAUUUGUCGCGGUUUUACUUUGAUAGCCACAACCGGAUAUGUCUUUACGAAUUGUGUCGAGCUUGACCGUGGCCUGUCAUCUGACUCUUUUCCUGUUGGGAGAGAAAAAGUUUUGAAACCCCACCCUCUCUACUGACUGUAAGCACAGACGUAGAAGUGGUUCGAGGUCCUGGCGAGUGAGCGCUGACCGAGGAAGAGGAAUACGAUAAGAAGUUAUGAUGGAGUUAUUGCGCUGUUUGGAUACCGACUGUAAGAGCGAGCCCACCGAGCUGGACCAGGCCACGCGCUGAACUCCAAUGAGGAACUAACGGGAUUUGUUUUUACUGCGCGUUUCUCCCUGGAAAGUAAAGCUAAGCAGGUUUGGAUAGCUCUUCCUGUUACAAAGUCGGCAGUUCCUAAGUUUUAAAAGUUGUGAUAAAGCCCAGCUCAUUGCGUGCUUCUGAUAAGACCGUAAUUAUGGAUACUCACGCGCAAUGGGAUGCGGGAUUUCCUGCGGGGGCGCCGCAAAGUUGCGGUCAGACGCGGUUAUUGGAGGUCUGGGCUUAAUAAUGCGAACUGGUCAGCCCUGAAACUUGUCGUAAAACACUGGUUGGCUGGACUGAAUGCUCCUUUCCUGCUAUUCUUCUCCGCUUCUCAGCGCUUCCUGCUUGUGGUGGCCACUGCACUUAAUGGCUAAAAAUACAUAAAACUCAAAAUGGACAGCUUAAUGUUGUGGGAAUCUUAAUUUGGGGUUGCAGUUGCAACACUCGAAGUAUUUUACAACAAGCUUGGGGACAUUUUUAUUUUUGUCCUUUAGUCUUCUUAAUCACAACUCAACAGGUGGCAAUUUUGAAUGAGAGAAGAGAAGAGCUAAUUUGCCCAUAAUGAGGUGAUUCAAGAGCCUCUAAAGUACAGGCCGGUGAAAUGAUAUUGUGCUCAAACCAUGUGUUGGGAAACCACACACCACAUCACUUACACAGAGAGAAAUUCAGUGGAGACAGUGCUGCCUUUCUGAGCUUUGAUACACUUAGCCAUAAUCAAACAAAAGCAGUCUCUUGACUGGUUCUGCAUUUUCAAAUGGAGAGCUUUGCAUUUCACGUCAAGACGAAUGAAAGACACUUGCUGUUCAGUUAUCUUUGAAUCCUCUCCUGUAGCCCACUUGUUGGUCAAGCUUUUGAAUACAUUUCACUGGUCCCUGAUGAACCAACAAGAAAGACAGGAAAGGGAGCGAGGCGCAAUAAAGUACUUCUUUGUACUUUAUUUUCAAACCCUUGGGGUGCAAAAUCAGAUCCAGUCAAAACAUCUGCUUGAGGCUCCAUGGAGCCACUGAAGAACAUAUUCAGCCGUGGCCCACUGUCGAACUGGAAAAAUUUGGAUCAAUCACAAAAAGGGAACUUCACCAAUCCCGUGUGGACAGCCUUAUUCGACUAUGAGGCGUCCUGUAAAGAUGAGCUCACCUUGCGUAAAGGUGACCUGGUGGAAGUCCUCUCUCUGGACUCUGAGAUAUCAGGGGACGAGGGCUGGUGGGCGGGAAAGGUCAACAACAAGGUGGGCAUCUUCCCAUCCAACUACGGCUCCUUCAAGCCAAGCGGAUACGGGAAGCUUCAGGGCAGCAGUGUGGUCGGUGAGCUCGGCCCGGCCGUGGUGGGCGAGUUCGAACCCGAGGUGGUGGAUUUCCGGGAGCUGAGCCUGGAGGAGGUCAUUGGGGUCGGGGGCUUCGGGAAGGUGUAUCGCGGUACAUGGAGAGGCGGGCUGGUGGCUGUGAAGGCCGCCCGCCAAGACCCAGAUGAGGACAUUAGCGUGACGGCUCAGAACGUGAGGCAGGAGGCGCGUCUGUUCGCCAUGCUCACCCACCCCAACAUCAUCGCCCUGAAGGGCGUCUGCCUUCAGGAACCCAACCUGUGCCUCAUCAUGGAGUACGCCUCGGGUGGGCCGCUGAGCCGUGCGCUGGCUGGGCGUCGCAUCCCGCCGCACGUCCUGGUCAACUGGGCCGUGCAGAUAGCCAAAGGGAUGUUGUACCUGCACAGCGAGGCCAUCGUACCCGUCAUCCACCGGGAUCUCAAGUCCAACAACAUCCUUCUGGCCCAGCCCAUAGAGAAUGAAUGUAUGGAGGGUUUGACAUUGAAGAUCACCGACUUCGGCCUGGCGAGAGAGUGGCACAAGACCACCAAGAUGAGCACGGCGGGCACCUACGCCUGGAUGGCCCCUGAGGUCAUCAAGUCCUCCACCUUCUCCAAGGGCAGUGAUGUCUGGAGCUAUGGUGUUCUGCUGUGGGAGCUGCUAACAGGAGAGGCACCCUACAAAGGGAUUGAUGGACUUGCUGUCGCCUAUGGAGUCGCUGUCAACAAGCUCACCCUGCCCAUCCCUUCUACGUGCCCCGAACCCUUUGCUCAGCUCAUGUCAGAGUGCUGGGACCAGGACCCCCACCGCAGACCCAAUUUCAGCUCCAUCCUGGCCCAGCUGACGGCCCUGGAGCAGCAGGUGAAGGAUGAUAUGCCCCAGGACUCCUUCCACUCCCUGCAGGAGGACUGGAAACUGGAGAUCCAGGACAUGUUUGAUGAACUCCGGGCUAAAGAGAAGGAGCUGCGGUGCCGCGAGGAGGAGCUGAAGCGAGCGGCUCUGGAGCAGAAGUCCCACGAGGAGUUCCUGCGGCAGCGCGAGCAGCAGCUGGCCCAGUGGGAGCAGGACGUGUUCGAGCGCGAGCUCAGCCUCCUCAUCCUCCACCUGAACCAGAACCAGGAGAAGCCCAACGUCAAGAAGAGGAAGGGCACCUUCAAGAAGCACAAGCUCAAGUGCAAGAACGGCGAGAAGAUCAGCAUGCCCCAAGAUUUCAUCCAUAAGAUAACAGUGCAAGCAUCCCCAGGCCUGGAGAAGAGGCGCAACUCUCCUGAUUUGGGUUCAGGCUCCUCGCCCUCCUUCGGCCCACGUUUCCGCGCAAUUCAACUCAGUCCCAGUGACAACAGCCGGACAUUUGGGCUCAGCCCGGUCUGGCCCCUAGAGGCCCCCUCUCUCAAACAAGCCAACGGAGACCUGAGGUUGUGCCCCCACUGGAGGCCUCAGAGCCCGAAAAGUCCCAAAAGCCCCAAGGUCCUGCGCCUUAGUCCCCAAGAAAGCAGUCUCUCGAUGAGAGCCAAGCUCCUGGAAUCAGACAGCAAUGAGAACGGAGAGUCCAAGGACGACUUUGAGGAGUACAGACCUUCUACCCCAACCCCUCCCACUGCUCAGAACGGCUCCUCAGUGAAGGACAGCCUGCGGCUUCCUCUACCUCAGGGAGACUCGGGCAGCGAGGAAGGGGGUUCUUCCCCGGCUGGCUCCCCCAGGCCUGAGAGGGGUUCCCUCAGUAGCCUGAUUAAGAGCACCCACCGGGCCCUGCUCGGCGGUGGCUCUCUCCUGGCCUCCGUAGGACUGGGUCGCUGCCUCGAUAUUCCCCCAAGGGUGCCCCCUCGAACUAACCCCCCUCUUGAGGACCGCACCCCCUUCGAACUGGAGAUCUCCUCCCCAAAACCCCUAAUUUCAGACCCCCCAGUAGUGGACGAUCUCAUCACCUUCUCCACCUCUGAGUCGCUCCCCAGACCGCUCUUGGAUUUAGCUCUGCAGUACCAAGAACUUAAGCCCUUGCCCCUGACUCCGCCACCACCGAACCCUCGUGAGAGGAGCGGCCACCGGACGCCACAGAGUCCGCAGAGUCCCAGGACCCUGCGGCACGACAGGACCAACCCAGGGGAAUGGACCCCGAGUUCCCAUUCGACCAAUGGGGAGACGGGCUGUGAGGCUUGGGAACACAGAGCUGACAGGAGGAGGAGGUCCAGCCAAGGCCUGCACACCUCUCAGCUAGUUUUGGACCUGCCCUUGUGCCAAGACACACAGGACUCUGAUGACAAGCCUUCAGUGCCCUAUUCUCUCCUCCCCAACCCCGCCCUCUGGAGCCCCAAAACCCGCCGCCUAGAAGUCAGCGUCAUCCCCCGGCCCCGCCCGUCCCCGAUCCGCCCCCGCAUCGACCCCUGGAGCUUCAUCUCGGCCGGCGGCGGGAACUCAGGAGGAGGUCGCAGCCCCAGCCGCUCGGACAGCGCCCAUCUGGGCUACCAGCCCUCCCCCACCAACCCUUUCACCAACUGCGACCCGUUCCCGUCACCAGACUGUGACCCAUUCACCCUCAAAGCCGACCCCUCGAGCAGCUCGGACACAGCCUCGCCCUUUGACCCCUUCUCGGCUCCCUUUCCCACGUCCCGCUCUGCCCCGUGCUCCACCAACGGCUCGCCCACGCUACCCUCGUUCCGCAUAGCACCCCUCAACCCAGCUGACUCGCCCCUGAUCGACCUGGGCUGGGCCGCCUGCAGCAAGCCCCUGGAUGGCACCAAAGAGAGAGCUCACCCCCGCAGGACACUGGGGCUGAAGCCCUUCAAGUCCCCGACGCAGCUCAGAGACGACAGAUUCUAAGCCCGGGCCUCGUCUGUGGCCCUUGGCCAACUCACUUACGGAUGUUAAAAAGUGCGGUUUUUAUCACAGGAACACAGUCCAGGACCAUUUCCACUACUAUGCCCUACAUCUUAAAGGAAAGGUGGUACAUUGGAUUGUGGGAUAGUUACCUGUGAACCAAUAGCUGGUGCCCAUUUCAUUCUCCCUCUCUAUCUCUGUUUCUCUAUCCCUUUGAAGGAGCAGAACACAGAUCACUAGUCCCAUCUUCAGAUUCUAUCAGACUGCUCAUAUCACCUGCUUUCAUCUCCCCCUACCUUUGAAGCAUUGUGACAAUGCAGAGGUGGAUAAGGCGACUUGCACAGCUUCAUCUGCCUCUACCUCUCUGCAGACUGAAAGCAUUCAGGACAACGGAAAAUUGGAGUGCCUUAUUUCGUGAAGUGUUUUUAAUAUAUAUCUUUUCAAGGUUCCUUGAAUGGUUAAUCUGGUGCGUAGGGAAGAUGCUAUGAAUUUGGCUUAAAUUUGCAAAUCAGCUUAGCAUUGCUGUGGAAGAAAAUGUCGUCUGCGUGUGCGUGCGUGUGUGCAUGUAUGUCUAGACUCAUUGUUCAAGGAAAGCUUACUGUUGUGUGUGUGUGUGUGUGUGUGUGUUUUUCUUUUUUUCUUUUUUUUUUUAAACAGCCUCUGCCUGUUGCAUUAUGGGAGAAAGCACUCAGAGUGGAUAUUCUAGGCCACUCAUGAAAUCCAAGACAAAACCAUGACCCAGGCAUUCCACUUGGAAGCAGAUAACAUUCCACUCACAUUCCCCGGGAAAUGCCAGGGAUUGGACAGAUUCAUUGGGUUGGCAGGCGACAGAGCACAGGAAACAAGACGGGGGAGCCCUCUGCAUUCCCUCCAUAUGCCAAAGAAUGCCACUGUGACGGUGUAAGGGCUGGGACAAAAGAGUGUCUGCAAAUAAGUUGUUUUUACCUCCACUGAGUGCCAGACGGGUGGGUUUGCCACACUGGACGAUACAGAGAGAGACGAGACAAUCGCAGAUAGUAUUUAAACAUGACUUUAAUAUACUUUUCUGUGGUUAUUUGACGUAUUUGACACUAUCCAGAUUGUCUUACCACCACCCGUCUGAUGCUUUAGGAAGGUUCAACCAAAAAUUAGUAUUUGCAAAUACCACAGUACAAUAGAUAUGGACGCUUCAUUGAAUACUUCAUUUGUACAGGCUGCCAGAGUAGGAGUAGCCUCACAAAGCCAGUCCACAACUUCACUGUGUCUUCCAUUUCACAUCUCACACUCCUCUCCUUCACCUGCCUGGACAAAUGCAGCACUCACUCAGCACUCUGCGGCUGUCAUUAGUCCUCUCCACCAACUAGAAAAACUACUGUGCUUGUUCUGGAAAUGUUAUAUUUCUCCCAAACUGAUCCAGCACAAAAAAAAAGGUUUGAAAUUCAUGUUUCACAUUUUUCCCCUGUGACACCUAAUUUUAAAGGAGUAGUUUGACAUUUUGGGGAAUGCACUUCUUGCAGAGAUAAGAAGAUUGACACCACAGUGUCAUAUCUGUCCGUUCAAUAUGAAGCUGGAGCCAACAGCUGGUCAGCUUAGUUUAGCAUAAAGACUGGAACCACUAAAGCUCACUGAUUAACAUGUUGUACCGAAUCUCAUCUCAUCUCAGCUCUCCUGAGACUUGUCGUCGCCGUGAGGUUGCCAGGCAACCAGCUGAAACUCCUGUAAAACUGCAACUUAAUGUUUUUCACCUUGGUUUUUCAGCUGAUUUAACAAACAUGAUAUGACAUGUUGACUAAUGAGCUUUAGAGUUUCUGGUAGGUACAUUUCAUUACCUUUGGACAGAGCCAGGCUAGCUGUUCCCCCCCGUUUCCAGUCUUAAUGCUAAGCUAGGCUAACCAUUUCCUGAUUCCAGCUUCGUAGUUACACAAGCAAGCAAAUGAGCCUUGUCAAACAAUUCCUACCAGAGUUGGUGACACGUAAUGUGCAUCAACCAUCAUGAGAUGAUGUUGUUAGACUUGUAGACUGAGUUUGCGAGAUGUAGGCUGGCUUUGCGAGACUAAAGUCACAGUGCUCCUAAACUGUCCUCACAGUUUUUUGGUUUAAAAAAAAAAAAUCCAUCCUAAACCAUUUUAGCAGUACUACAAAGAUCUAGUAGGAUCAUCGGAUUACUGUGGUGUCAUAUUGAGAUAUUUUCAGAACAGAUACAACAGAGAAGUCCAAGCAUUCAACAAUUGUACAGGGAGAAAUUCAUUGCAGAGACUCUGAAGUAUCAUUUCCCCCACCAACAGCAGCCUCAACAGACCAGAAUGCACUGGAGCAACACCUGAAAAACUCGCUCUUUCACUCUUGGUUCACAGUCAUUAUCAUCAGUGGUUGUUUUACAAGCUAAACGAAACACAUUCAGACAGUUUCUCAGGGUUUUUUCUGAAAAGCAUCCUGGGAAAUGUAUGAGGUGAGGCAGGUUGAGGGAAAAGUGGCUGCAGCAACAAAUAUAUGACAGAAAAACUCCUGGAAUGGGUUGAACAUCAGAGACUGAUAUCCAUGGCUAUUUUUUUUGCAGUCAGCUGGUUCCCAAGCGUGUAGUCUAUCAACAUAAUUGGUGUAGGUCAAGCAUGUAAGAAACUGAAAGAGACCCACUUACACAUGGCACAAACUCGUCGUGUUACCCACGUCGUUACUUGAGCAUUACAAGGUACAAAUACUGAUUGGGUUCAUCAGUGACACCGUGUCAUUGGAAGACAAUAACAGCUUUGUUCUGAUGAAGAGUGAAAACCUCGUCUCCAAAGGGUAAAGCUUUGUGAUUAGCCUAAUAAUCCUGCUGACGAAUAGAGGAGGCUGAUAGCGAUAAUUAGCCUCUUGAUAAGAGCAGGGAGCAUUAACAAAGUGUUCAGAUAUUUGGUUAAUUAAUUUGCCCCGACAUCACCGAAAUGCCCUGCGUCCUCCUCACAAGGUAUUGAGUCGCUCCCUGCAUCAGCUUACGUCUCGAUUGAAGUCGUGCAUUUUUUUUUAUGCAUAAAGUUUCAAAGGCAGGUUGAGCUGUCUUUCCUCCCUUCCUUCCCUUUUCUCUCUGUUGCCACGGGCUGCUCAGCUGCUGACCGGAUGAAAUCUUCACUGUUGAGGUUCACCUUUUUCUACGUCCUUCCCCCUAAGGUGAUGUGGGAGAUAGCUUUUUUUUUUUUUCCCUUUUUUU